UUUAGAAGGGGUUUAGAGAGCCAGGUUUCGUUUGAGAUUUAACUGGUGAAAAUACAGCCCAAUUUCUUCAAGAGAAAACCAUGAAGUUAAAGAACUAAUAGGUUUUUAGGCUUCUUUAUAUACCUGAGAGAAGAUAGCACCAAAUCCAUAAUCAACAGCAGGAGACUGCUGUAAUGGUGAAAACUACAAGCCAUGUAUAACCUGUGGAUGGCAUGGUCGGGAGUGUUGUUGCCCUUGAUCAAGUUCACUCAUUCAGUCCUCAAACCAGUACUGCCCCCAGUGAUCAAGAACCAACCUUUCAACAUGUUCUGGGCUGCCCCAACGAUGCAGUGUCAACAUUUCUUCAACGUGGAUUUGAAUCUCCCAUUAUUUAAUAUUAUAGCAAAUCCUGUAGAGACUCAGAGGGGGUCAACAAUUGCCAUAUUUUAUCCAAAUGAAUUAGGGUAUUAUCCUUAUUUCUCUCAAGAUGGAAAACCCUUUAAUGGAGGGAUACCACAGAAUAUGAGUCUUUCUAAACACCUCAGGAAGACAGCUGAUGACAUUGCAAAAGUUGUCUCUUGGUGGAGAUCGGAAGGUCUUGUUGUCAUUGACUGGGAAAGCUGGAAACCCCAAUGGGAUAGAAAUUGGGGCAAGAGAAUAAUAUAUAAAAACCACUCCUUAGCCUUCACUAGAAACCGCCAUCCUGAUUGGUCAGAAAUGAAAGUGAAAAUAAUUGCCCAACAGGAAUUCGAAAGUGCUGGAAGGAGUUUUAUGAACACCACUCUCACAUUGGCUUUAGAAAUGAGACCAAAGUGUUUAUGGGGCUUUUAUCUCUACCCAGACUGCUACAAUUAUGAUUAUAGGACAAACCCACAGAUCUACACAGGUAAAUGCCCAAAUGAUGAAAUUUCCCGCAAUGACCAACUCCAGUGGCUAUGGGAAAAAAGUACAGCACUUUAUACGUCAAUAUAUUUGGAUAAAAUAUUGAAGUCAAGUUUAAAUGCUUUGAAAUUUGUUCAUUAUCGAGUUAGGGAAGCCAUAAGGAUCGCUGAGAUGGCUAGACAUGACUAUAUUUUGCCAGUUUUUAUUUUUUCCAGACCAUUUUAUUUGCAUAGUCUUGAAGCUUUGUCACAGGAAGAUUUAGUACAUACAAUUGGCGAGAGCGCCGCAUUGGGAGCGGCAGGAAUAAUACUGUGGGGAGGAUACGAAUACUCUGAUUCAAAGAAGGCCUGCUUAACCGUGCAAAAGUCUAUCCAAGGGCCAUUGGGCCAUUAUGCAGUUAAUGUGACAUCUGCAGCCAAAUUCUGCAGUCAAAGCCUAUGUAACAAUAAUGGAAGGUGUGUCCGAAAAGCACCUGAGUCCUCCGCCUAUCUGCAUAUGCCUGAAAGCAGCACUAAGAAAUACAUCCUAAAUAAGAGUUUCAGAUUCGUCAUUUCUCCAGCCGAUAAACUGAAGACAGUAAAGGUCAUGAAGAACGGGUUUGUGUGUCACUGUUAUUACGGCUGGCAUGGGGAAUCCUGCCGGCAACACUCUUCAGAUCUCUUGAGAGAGAAGAAUAAGGCUCCUAUGACUAACUUUAAAUUUUCAGUGUUUCUCAGCAUGACCUUAUUUAUCAUUCUGUUGAAUUUUGUUACCCCCUAUUGCAAUGCCAAUUUUUCCUUGAAAUACUGAAGAGUAGAAAAUGCUGCUUUUUUCCCCUUUAAUCUACUUCUAAAUAUUUAUUGGCUUUAAAGUAAAAAAAAAAAAAAUAUUUUUUAAGUGAUCAUUGGUUCCAUUCCUGGAUAGAGUGAUUGUUUAUUGGGUGCUUAGUUCAUGCUGGGCACAUGUGAUAAGGAAGUGAACACACAAAAGUCCCUGACCUUGGGGAGCUUAGAUUCUUGUAAGAAAUUGAACAAUAAAUAAAUACGUAUAUAUCAAAUGGUGAUAAGUGCUAUGGAAAAGAGUAAAGCAGGGUGAAUGGAUUAGGGGGUGUCAGGGAGCAUGGAAAAUUAUAUAUAGAGUAGACAAAUAAGCCCCUUGAUGAGAUGGCCUGAAGGCAGAAGAAGGAGUUGGCAAAUACAUCUGAGAAGAGCGACCUUGGAAUGCGGAAUAGGAAAGAGUAAAGACAAAAACCUUUCAAGGCACUUUGGUGGCUCAGUCAGUUAAGCGUCUGACUUUGGUUCAGGUCAAGAUCUCACGCCCCGUUGGGCUCUCUGUUGUCAACACAGAGCCCGCUUGGGAUCCUUUGUCUCUCUCUCUCUCCCUGCCCCUUCCCUGCUCGAGUGCUCUCUCUUCUCUCAAAAAUAAAUAAACAUUAAAACAACAACAACAACAACAACAAAACAACAACAACAACAACAAAACCUGUAAAUGGGAGCAGAUCUGGAGUGUUUCAGGACAUCAGGAAGGCCAGUGUGACUGAUGCAGGAAGAAAAGCAAACGGAAUGGAGAGACAGGUCAUUAAGUUUAUUUGAACUAAGAGUCUGAGCGAAGGUACUUCCUUUUUUUUUUU